UUACUUCCGGGGGAAGAAAGGAUCUGGGGGGCGUAUACUUCCGGGUUGUCGCCUCGGGGCGUGUGAUCCGUAAGGUUGGAGUCGCGCCGGAAGAGCCAUGUCGGAUUCGGAGGAUUUUUCGUCGGAGGAGGACGAGGAUUACCUGCCCUCAGGGGAAGAAUACAGUGAAGACGAUGUCAGCGAGCUGAUAAAAGAAGACGACGAGGAAGAGCAGAAGCUGCAGCAGCCAGACUGGAAGAAAUGCAAAAAGGACGCUAAAGGAAUCGCACCUCGGAAAAGAAAGAAACAACACAGGCUUUCCUUAGACGUGGCUGAAGGAGAAUCUUCAAAAGACAAUAAAAGCGAUGAGGAGGACGGUGAACCGGGAGAAAGUCACAACACGCGUAUAAACGAAAACGAGGAAAGGAAAAAGGAGGAGGCGUUGUGGGCCAGCUUUCUCAGUGAUGUUGGCCAGAAACCCAAAGUGGUUUCCGCAGAACAAGCUCCCUGCAACCAGAAACACACGUCAGCCGAUGAGAAGAAUGUGUGCAAGUCUCAAGGGGAGCCAAAGGAAACCGAGAGCAACAAAAUCACUGUCACUAAAGUGUUUGACUUUGCUGGCGAAGAGGUGAGGGUCACCAAGGAAGUAGACGUUGCUUCAAAGGAAGCCCAGCUCUUUCGGAAACAGCUGGAGCCGAAUGUGGCAACCCAGACAUCUCAUCCGACUGUUUCGGGAGUGAAGCGGCCUAGCAGUAUUAACAGCCUUCUGGGGAAGAUCGGCUCUAAAAAGCAGAAAAUGAGCACGCUGGAGAAGUCCAAGCUGGACUGGGAGCACUUCAAAGAAGAAGAAGGCAUCGGUGACGAGCUGGCCAUCCACAACAGAGGGAAAGAAGGGUACCUGGAGAGACGAGCCUUCCUGGAAAGAGUGGAUUACCGUCAGUUUGAGCACGAGCGAGAUAUCCGCCUGAGCAACAUGAAACCCUGAACCGCGGGCCGAGUCCGACUCUCCGAAUCCAGCCAUCCCCAGCAUGGCCUCUCCGGGUCUUCUCUCCCACCGCAAUAGGUCAAUAGGUGAACGGAGGACUUUGCCAGGCAAGGGGCAGCUCCGGGCAGCAGAUAGUUUUAACUGGGCAAGUCCUGUUGCCCGUUUUCUCGGGCCGGGGAAAAGGGCCAAGAUUCCCGGCUUGUCCACGUUUUUUGGUAGUUUGGAAGAACACAGCAGACUCGGAUUGUGGAGUCGCUGCCAUCCCCUCCUGCUUGUGCCCGUCGCCCGGGCGCUGGUUCUGCAUGACACCGGCCCUGGGAUCCUCCACGUUGCUGGCACCAGCGGUCUCCUUGUGCCACUGAAAAGAUCCCCACACAACACACACACACACACACACAUCGCAAUCUUGCAUUGGACCAGUCUCGGGUUCUGGGGAGUAAAGUACCCCACCCCCACCCCCCAGCCUGCUUUCCUAAGAGACUUUCCCAUUCAGGAAUCCUUAAGUUUCCUUCUGGGUUUUUUUUUCUUCUCCUAAUUCCUUUUUUUCCCAGAUGUUCUUGUUUUUUUAAAGCAGUCCCUCUGAGCGCUCAGAAAUCUCCCUAAGAGCAGCAGCCUGCCUGGGAGGGAGGGAGGAAUGCCAGCCAUCUCCUUUCUCCCCUUGAAUAAAGUGUUAAAUCCGUU